CGGAGCCUCACGCCGCCUGCAUAUAAGGACCCUUUCUGGGACGAGUCAGUCAGACGGCCAUCGUUCUGAGACUCGUCAAAACAUUGGAAAAACAAAGUCUGCUUUCAGGGAACAACAUGAAGUUGAUUCCAGUCGCUCUUUCCUUGAUGGUCGCCCUGGCCGCCCUCAUGGGAUCCACCAGGGCACUGCCCGGUCCCUACGCUCUGGCUGACCCUAUGCCCUGGGCUGACCCUGAGGCCUUGGCUGACCUGAGCAUGGUAGGUACCGCCCACAUUGGCAUCAUCACCAUCAUUUCCCACAUUGGCAUCAUCAUCAUCACUGGGGCAGGUAAACUCCCUCCCGUGAGAUGGGACGACAGAUGGACAUCGAAUCGAAUUCCCUCAACAGACGCUGCUGCAAAAUUAGGAAUCUUCAACUGGAAUCCUCCAGCACCUCAAGACCUUCCAGAUUUCUUUUACUCCGUUCAAAAUCAGCUGAUUCUUAACCUGGAAUUAUCUUGUUCCGAAUAAACAGUAAUG